AGCUGUAGGAGGAGUAUUACGGAAAGGAGGAAGGGCACAUCUUGCUGUGUUUGAGGACCCUAUUGCCUAGUGUCUUUCAGCCCUACCUUCAACCUUGUCACUGUGAAGGCCGAAGGUGUGUGUAAACUGCCUGUGGUGUACUUAGCCGGCAUAUCGCACGUCAAGGGUGGCUAUAAGAUCACCUCUACAAUGUCUUUGUUGUCUGCCAGUAGGUUAGCAGCCAGAAUCGUUGGCACUAAGAAUCUAAAAGAUGUCCUUGCAGACUUGAUCCCCAAAGAACAGACCAGAAUUAAGAACUUCCGGCAGCAGCAUGGCAAAACAGUCAUAGGGCAGAUAACUGUGGACAUGGUGUAUGGCGGUAUGAGGGGUAUGAAGGGCCUUGUCUAUGAAACAUCAGUACUUGACCCAGAUGAGGGUAUUCGUUUCCGCGGCUACAGUAUCCCAGAGUGCCAGCAGCUGCUUCCCAAAGCACCUGGUGGACAAGAACCUUUACCUGAAGGGCUUUUCUGGUUAUUGAUGACUGGACAGGUUCCAACCCAGGAGCAGGCAAGCUGGCUUUCUAAAGAAUGGGCAAAACGGGCUGCCCUUCCUUCUCAUGUUGUGACCAUGCUUGAUAAUUUUCCAGUCAACUUACACCCAAUGUCCCAACUGAGUUCUGCUGUCACAGCUUUGAAUAGUGAAAGUGUUUUUGCUCGUGCUUACUCAGAAGGAGUAAACAGAAAUAAAUACUGGGAGUUCAUCUAUGAAGAUGCCAUGGACUUGAUCGCCAAGCUUCCCUGUGUGGCUGCAAAAAUCUACCGGAAUUUAUAUCGUGAGGGAAGCAGCAUUGGUGCUAUCGACUCCAAUCUGGAUUGGUCCCAUAACUUUACCAACAUGCUGGGCUAUACAGAUCCCCAGUUUACAGAGCUCAUGAGACUGUACCUGACCAUCCACAGUGACCAUGAGGGUGGAAAUGUUAGCGCACAUGCAAGUCAUCUGGUUGGUAGUGCUCUGUCUGACCCCUACUUGGCUUUUUCUGCAGCAAUGAAUGGCUUGGCUGGACCUCUCCAUGGACUUGCAAACCAGGAAGUACUUGUGUGGCUGACACAGUUACAGAAGGAGCUGGGAACUGAGGUGUCUGAAGAGAAGCUAAGGGAGUACAUUUGGAACACACUUAGUUCUGGUAGGGUUGUACCUGGUUAUGGUCACGCAGUACUGAGAAAGACUGACCCACGCUAUACUUGCCAGAGGGAGUUCGCUCUGAAGCACCUUCCCAAUGAUCCCAUGUUCAAAAUUGUGUCUCAACUGUACAAGAUAGUGCCCAACAUCCUCCUUGAGCAGGGCAAGGCAAAGAAUCCCUGGCCCAAUGUGGAUGCACACAGUGGAGUGCUACUACAGUAUUACGGAAUGAAAGAGAUGAAUUACUACACAGUCUUGUUUGGCGUGUCCAGAGCUCUGGGUGUAUUGUCACAGCUCAUUUGGAGCAGAGCCCUAGGCUUCCCCCUUGAGAGGCCCAAGUCUAUGAGCACCGAUGGCCUAAUGCAGCUUGUUAGCAAGUCUGGGUAAUGGAACUAAAAAGUGAAGAACGAGCUCACCUGAUUUAGAGGAACUUGAAGACAGAACCCUGUCCAAUGCCUUUCAGGACUACAUUAGAUCUCCAAUAUCAGAACUUAUAAGUAACAUGAUAAAGCAUGGACUACAAAUUACAGGGUGUUUAAGGAACAGCAAAUACAGCAUGAAUCGUGGUAUUUAUUAUAAACUCUGUGACAUGCAUUGGAGCAGAGAUAGGUUGGUUCGUAAGACAUAUCUACAGUUGUAUUUACAUGACACUCUGGUAUUUAUUUGGAAUUGAACCCCCCCCCCCCUUUUUUUUUUCAGUUUUUGCAAACACCAUUUUGUUUGUAGUUCAGUGUCCCCACACAUUCUGCUUGCCCUUUUAGACUUUUUCAAGACACAUGAUCAGACAUUUGCGAAUGUUUAAACAUAACACUGUUUCAAUUUUUUCUAAUUUAUCCAGUCUCCUGCAAGUGUUGUAUCUGUACAGUUUUUGUGUUCAUCCCUGAAGCGUAUAGGUAAGGUAGACAAACUCUGCUUAAAUGCUUGUUCUCCAUCCUCUUAAUCCCUGCAUUUCCUGUCUGACCACCAUUUGGCAUGUUGUAUUAAUAGUGAAGCCAGAGCAGAGGCAAGUGCUGACUAUGAAAUGACUGUAGUAAUGUCCUGUUCCAGUAUUUAGGAAUAUUUGGUAUGUUCUUCAUUUCCUGUAGGCACUUGUCUAUAUUUUAAUUCACCUCUUGAAUCAUAUAAAGGAACUGCUUAGUACAUCCGUUUUUCUGGGUCUCACUUUGAAAAGAGCAUCAAAAAUUGAAUGCUGCAUUUAACUUGCCAAUUUAUAUUCCAUUUAAAAAGUACAGCAAGCCAGAUGACAGUUGCCUUUCAAGUACUUCCACUCUCGUGUUUUAUUUUUCAGUGCAUUAAAACAAUGUCUUCUACUGAGCCAAGCCCCACCCUACCCAGCAGAUUUAACCAGCUGGGUAUUCCAGAUAUUUUGCAUAGAUUAUUCAGUUGUUUCCCUCUUAAGUAAGUUUCCCUCUUGAGUAACUGAAGUGUAAAAGGAUACACUUAACAUAGUGUCUAAGAAUGCCGAAAGGUUGUGUGUGGAUUUUAAAGAUGUUAAAAAUUCAUUAUUAUUUGGAAGCAUUUAGAUAAUUAUUCUUUACUUUUUUUGGGGGGGGGGGAUUAUUUUGUUCUAAGAUGGUGCCUCACACAGUGAGAAGGAACGUGAAACAGUGCCAGUUUCCUUCUUGCUGAAACUAUUGUGACAACAUGGCUUUGUUGUGUUAAUUUCCUAAUAGUAUGGCAGAGUUCUUGUAAAUGUGUUUCCAAAUGUAGCCAUUAUCGCAGAAUUAGAAUUUUAACUGUGGUUGCAAAAAAAAAAAAAAGGAUGGGCGCCUUUGAUAAACUUGUAAUACAUACACUAUUCUCAAUAAGUUAUUUUUUAAUUUACUAUAAAUAAUAGUUUCUUAGCUUUGACUUCAAUUUACGAUCAGCACACCUCUAAAGUUUGCAUUGUAAGGUUGCAUAUAUUGAUCAAAAACAGCUGUAGAACAGUCGUAUGACUAUCGGAUCCUGAGCAGCUCAAUGUGGAGCUAUACUGGUAAGGUUGUUCACGUUGUUAGUGUUGUAGUUAGCCACGUAUUUAUGUAUUUGCAUAUGUUUGUAGAUAUUGUGCAUAUGUAUUUAUAUAGGAAGCACAGCCUAUGUUGGAGGGCAUCAUGGGAGCAGCAGAAUUGUAACUCAAAAUUGGCAAGGUCCUUCCUGUCUUGAGUGGCAUCUUAACUACAGGAGGGGGGUAUAAUAUAGUUUAUUUUAAUGGAAGCUGCUCAGUCUGGUUUUCAAGAUUUAUUUUGCUCUGAGCUCUGUACAUGCCAUUGUUGUGUCAUUAGUCAUUUUCAGGCUAUCACUGCCUUGCUUUUUGCAUCAACUUAGCAGUUAAAUACAGGAAUAUUUUUAUAUGAAGCACUUCACUUGGAUGUUUAAGGUUUGACUUUUCACACUUAUUAAUGCAGUAAACCUAGGGAAAAUUUACUCUGGUUUCUUGGUAGUUGCCAUUCUACGUAAACACAGCAGUUUGAUUUUUUUCUUAGUUUGCUUAUGUGGCCUGUGGUAAACCUGCAUUAACCAUGGUAUUACAAAUGAAAUAUGGUUAUGUACAAGUAGUACAUAUACUUGGCAGCAUAUGUUUUAAUGGACUUUAGAUGCAGAAAUUCAGAAUAUUAAUUUCUAGAUUUAGGUACAGCGUCAGGUAAAGUGUACCUAAUGUUCAGACCUUAGCACCUCAUGCACUUAGGCAAAUCAGUCCAUAUUCCUGUUGCCUGCUGUUUGUAACAGACAUGCCAGGUGUAGUACUUUGCUAAGAAAUAAAAAGCAGGCAGUGUGGCUGUUCUGGGUUCACAGAGGAGAUGCAGGUGUUGAGACCACCGUCUUUAUUUAGGUGCUUUAACAAAGCAUCUUUAACAGUAUAAAGCUUAUAACAAAAAUAAUGUAGUAAAUGCAACAGUAAAAUAGUCUAGUAAACAAAAUAUCUAGUAGUAAAAUAAAAAACAAUGAGACAGUAAAUGCACAGGCAGUACUUCUGCCAAUAUUCUGUGAGAAUAAGUAAUCGAAAAAGGUUGAGUACUCAAGUCCACUCUCAUUGAAAGCCACCUGAAAUAAAAAGGCCUUCAGAGAGAGAGCCGUAGAAGCAGGUGAGUACAUUACACUCCCGGAGCUACCAUGGAAGGAAAUUCCACAGUAGCAGGGCUUGAUAAUGCAAAGGAGUGAAGGUUUAAAGCUUCCAAAUACACCUGAGGAAUGAGCAGUACCCAGGCAGCAGAGCACAGUGCCCGAAGAGGACACUAGGGUAAGACUAUUGAGGGGAGUGUACCUUUGGAGUCCUUGCUUCCUUUCUUCCUUUGGAGCAGGGCUUUGGCACAUGAAAGUUAAUUGGCUGGCAUUACUGUUUGUUUUCAGAAUUUGCUGCUUGUGGAAGGACAGAAACAAGAAAAAAACUGAGUACUACUGUUUUGCUGGAUUGCUGCUGUCUUCACACUGCCUAAAGUCCAGAAACGACAACCAUGCUGUAUUCAGGAUACUUUUCUGUGCCGAAGCAUACCCCCACCCCCCACAACAUACACACAAAGCACAGGAGAUUACUCUUUCACAGCAAUUUGACUGUUUGCCAGGAGUUUUUGUGGUACAGAAGAGGCAUAGGCAGAUUGUACUGGGCGUGGUUGUUGUGAAACAGUGGCUAGCCAGGGAGCCUAGGAAGGAACAACUGAAAUAACCUAAUAAUUUCUACUACAGUACUACAUAUGGUAGUUGGCAUUUAGUGUAAGGAUGUUACAAACCACAUGUAUUCUGUGUGUAUGAUUGCCCUUUUUUCCAGUCUGAAACUUGCUGAGAGUAUGUCAUAUUUUGAUUGUUUGGUCUGGUGGUUGCUGUCCUACUUGAUUACUUCACUACUUAUUUUGAAAAUAAAUAACUCUGAAGUAAGGGCAGUUCCCCCUCACCUUAAGAGUCUCAGGCUCACAAAAGUUCAGUUUGCAUUUAUUGCCUGCAUAUGGCAGCCCAUUUCCCUCUUAAUUGGGUUGACCUAGCUUGAUAGACUUCUUAAAACCAUUUUACUACAGUCAAACUGCAACAGAAUUUGCUACUGUACAGCUUUAUAGGGAAUGAAUAUUUUUUCCAAUCAGGAGCAAUAGCUGAUUUAUACUAUAAAUAUUUUAUUUGUGUAACAGUCAUUGCAUAUAUGCAAACACAUUUUACUUGUGUAACAGUUGCAGAGUGUGUGCAUUUCUGGGAAGCAGAAUCAGCAGUUAUAGCCGCUGCUUUCAAAAGCUAGGGUUCUAUCUGUCCAGAUUUAUGAGUACAGAACCUGUGCUGAUAAUUUGCUUUUACCAAGGUUAGACUGAAUUAGGGCUUAAGGUGCUUUGUUGAGGAUAGUCUGAAAUCCAUAUUGGCUAAAUGUCUAAUAGAUGGUAAUUUAUCAGGUCAAGAUACAUCACUGUACUAGAAUGUUUUAGUUUAAAAAUAUGGUAUAUAUAUAAGAAUACACUCCUCUUUUAAACUGAGCUAAGGUCUUUUUCCCCCUUUCUCUCUGUGCUGCAAACACAGAAGUGAGUUUGAACACUGCAACAAUCCCUGUAAAUGAGGCAGUUAUGUCAGACUUCAGGUUGUUCUGUAUAAAUGGCAAAUAAAUGUUUUUAUUAACAUUG